AUGUUAGCCAUUAUUCUCGUUUGCAAGAGCGAAGAAGCUAAUCCAGAAAUCAUCUCCUGGAAUACAUUUGGAUCCAAAAGCUUGUCACAUGCAGAAUGGCAAAAACAAGUUCUUGAAUUCUGGACACCCGCGAGGAUGCGUAAAGCGAAACCAAUGGAAGUCCUGCGAAAGAAUAUUACAUUCACACAAUCAUCUGAAAAAUCUUUCUUCCAUGUAUUACCCAAUACAAAUGGACCACUCACUCUCAUCGAACCUAGAGCUCCUGAUAAUAUAACAUUUCGAAAUCGACUUAUAGGCCUCAUCCCUAAAUCAAGGAUAACAGUGGGCAAACUUUUUUUUAUCGUUCCGGGAGGAUAUGCAACAUGUUCGGCCUCAGUUGUGACGUCAGCAACGAUGAGUCUUGUAGUGACGGCAGCUCACUGUUUACUCGAUCAUACGACUCGCACUUGGUUUUAUAAUUGGAUAUUCGUACCUGCAUAUAGUAAUGGUGUUGCUCCACUUGGAAGAUGGGUUGCAAUAGGUGCAACAUUACUUAAAGCAUACUAUAACACAGUCGGCAUAUCUCCAAACCAUAAUUAUGAUGUUGGAUUUUUGAUAAUUCUUCCUCAGAGUUGGAUUAAGAUAGCACAAGUGACUGGCAGUCAAGGCCUUAAAUUCAAUGCACCUCGCAAGAAGUUAACUUAUUCAGCUGGGUAUCCCCAGAAUAUAGCUAAUGGUGAAAUUCUGAGUUCUUGUACCUCUGUAGCAACGGUAGCACCAUGCCGUGUACCUGGUUACAUUGGACAAGCAAUACAAUGCGGUAUGGGACACGGAUGCUCAGGUGGACCUUGGAUAGUCGAUUUUAUUGGUGCAACUGGACUUGGUUUUGUCAAUUCAGUGAACAGUUUUGGUUGUGUUAGGGCCCCCAACAAGUUACAUGGUCCAUUCUUUGAGAAAAACAUCUUGGCUUUGUACAAUUUCGCAAACACGAAACUUUAA